AUGGGUCGCAGCGUCGAUCAAGACGUUCAUGCAGCUUUCAUAGAGUUCCGCGCCAAAGACGAUGACAAGGUGAGUCUCGACGAGCUCUUUACCCGCCACCUCGCUGAAUUGAGUCUCCAGUGCUUGUCGGUCCAAUGCAUCUAUUGUCACCAGACUCGCGCGAAGAACACGAGUCGCCAGAAGCAACACCUAGCUGAAUGCACAGCCAAUCCCAACAAUCAUGUGAGUGCCAUCCGAGCGCAAGCCAGUCCCGGUAAUGCUGUUGCGGCUCCAAACGGGUACACAACCCCAAGUGGUCCUGGUCAAAAUGCCUUGCCUGGACCGGCUGGUACCGUCGUCAAUGGCGUUCCUCCACCAGGGCCAUCAUUACAAACACCUCUUCAGACCAUGACCGGCCGACCUGCAAUUCCAUCCCAGACCGCAGUCGCUGGGCCAUCUACUUUGACUACACCCGCCAGGCCAACGGCCGCCACGACGACGACAACAACAAAAACCCCCAAAACUGCAAAAUCGACGCCUGGCACAGGUUUACCUGCCCCACCUCUUGACGAUGUGCAUGCCUCUUUUGUGGAGUUUAGAGCGAAAGAUGAGGAUAAGGUGUGCUCAAUAUCCGUGCUGUUGCUACGCUGUCAUGCAUGGCAAAUCAGACUGACUUAUUGCAAGUGCCUCUCUGUACAAUGUAUGUUCUGCCAACAAGUUAGGGCGAAAAAUACUAGCCGACAACGACAGCACCUGCAAGAGUGUCCCCAAUACCUUGCCGCCAUGAAAGACUCUAUUCCAGCCAAUAACCUCUUGCACAAAUUCGAUGAGGGAGAAAUUGCGAGGUCUCUUCAAUUGCCAACCCCGUCUCUCGAACUGGACUUUCGCAUGAGCAUCAAGUUGAAUCCUCGUGUUUCUCUCGGCCCAGGACUUUUCGGAGAACGAAACUGGGUGAGCUAUGUUGGAGGCUCAUGGGCUGGCCGAUGGGGCAAAGGCGCUGUGAUACCUGGAGGACAGGAUUCGCAACUCGUCGUUAAAGACCUAGCGACUCGCCUAUCCGCGAAUUAUCUACUUCAGACUAACGAUGAACCGCCUGCCUUUAUAUGUGUCAAGACUUCGGGCUGGAGAACGGGAUCCAAGGAUGUCUUGGAGAAGCUUCUGGAUCCCGCUCAAGCGGACAGUGUAAAUCCCAACUCUUACAAAUUUCGACUCAACAUAGAGCUAGAAACUGGUGAUGAGAGGUAUCUCUUUGUGAAUACGCUGAUGUGGGUGGGGAGUGGUUGCCGCAGAGGCGCAGAAGGUAAGCAGAAUACUGUCGUCGGAUUGCAAAAGCUGACUACCUGCAAGCCAUAUAUGACGCUUAUCGAAUCCUAUGAAAACCGCUCCACGGGAAAUACGCUAUUGACGUGUUUCAGCUCAGAUCCCGAAUUCCUUAUGUUCGAUGCAGACGAAACCGCUCGACAGGAUUAUGCUGGAAUUCGUGCUCAACGAAGCCCUAUCGGUGUUGAUCAUACUGGAGAGCGUGUUGGGAUUUUUGAACAACUAUGGUGA